CGUUCACUAGGUUCCUGAAGAGCCUUAGCCAUUGUAGUUUCUUGGUGUCCAAACAAAAGCCAACUUAGAGUUGAGAAAACUCAUUUUCCAGGGAGACCGAGACCUGUUAGAGUGUUUGAGAUCAGAAUGGCUUCUGGUGGGCAGCAGCAGUUUCCUCCUCAGAAACAGUCGACACAGCCUGGGAAAGAACAUGUCAUGAAUCCUAUCCCUCAGUUCACCAGCCCUGACUGCAAGCCUUCUAACAAGCUUCAAGGAAAGGUGGCUUUAGUUACUGGAGGUGAUUCUGGGAUUGGCCGAGCAGUUUGCCACUGCUUUAUCAGAGAGGGUGCAACCGUGGCCUUCACCUAUGUGAAGUCUCAGGAGGACAAGGAUGCACACGACACUCUGCAGAUGCUGAAAAAGGAAAUGACGCCAGACACAAAGGACCCUAUGGCUAUAGCUGCUGAUUUGGGGUUUGAUGAGAACUGCAAGAAAGUUGUUGAUGAGGUGGUCAACGCAUACGGUCGGAUUGACAUUCUGGUUAAUAAUGCAGCUGAACAGUAUAAGGCAAGCAGUGUGGAGGAGAUUGAUGAGGAGAGGCUUGAAAGGGUGUUCAGGACUAACAUCUUUUCUUACUUCUUCUUGACCAGGCAUGCUUUGAAGCACAUGAAGGCAGGCAGUUCCAUAAUAAACACUACAUCCAUAAAUGCAUACAAAGGGAAUGAUAAGCUACUUGAUUACACAGCAACCAAGGGUGCAAUUGUGGCUUUCACACAACUUGUAAAAAGAGGAAUACGUGUCAAUGGCGUCGCACCAGGGCCCAUAUGGACUCCGCUGAUUCCGGCAUCCUUUGAUGAAGAGGAGACUUCCAAGUUUGGAUCCGAAGUUCCUAUGCAAAGAGCCGGCCAGCCUAUCGAAGUUGCACCAUCCUAUGUGUUCCUUGCCUGCAACCACUGCUCCUCCUACAUAAGUGGCCAAGUCCUCCAUCCAAAUGGUGGUGCCAUAGUGAAUGCUUGAUAUGGGUCUGGGGUUAAGCCAAGCUCUCUGUUUUCAGUGCCUUUUACCUUAUAAACAGUGUUUUAUCGUUUGCUGCAUGUAAGAGUGGUAAAAAGUCCUUAUCUGUAUUUCCGAAUGUGAGUAGCUUUUGGGCAAGGCAGCCUGAACGCUUAAGUUAAAUGUGUGCUUUGAAAUGAGAAUGUUGGGUUUGUUUUGUUUGUGUGUAGAGCAACAUCCAUGGUCCUUGGGCUCUCUAGUAAGUAAUAAUGGAACUAAGCAGGAGCAAUAUCAGAAGUAAAUAGAUGUUUUUGUUUGUGUAAACGUGUUUAUAUCUGGUGAACUCUUUUCAUGGUUUGUCUGUCUUCGUUUGGGAUGAAAAUUAUCAACAAGCAGAAACAGGGUUGUCAUUGAUUUCCAUUCCGCAGUUACAAACUCUUGGCAGACAGCAUUGGGUUUUUCAUAGACACUAC